UAUGCAUCGAUUAUCCUCGGUUGAUCGCCUGUAGGAAUCAGUCUGAGCCUAUUUUUUGGCGUUGUUUGUAAAGGAUAUCGUGCACGGUAAGCGUCUCUUCUCCUCGGUGUGUCCUCCUCAGCUGUCUAAGAUUGUCCACAGAGAGGUCCAGAGACCCACACCUUCCUAACCACAACCCUCACACCAUGUCAACCAGUACGCCUGUUAGGUUACGCAUCUUCUCUCUCAACUGCUGGGGUAUUCGCUACCUCAGUAAACACUGUGUCCAGCGCUUUGCAAUGAUUAGAGAUCAUCUGAACAGGGAACAGCAUGACCUUGUCCUACUGCAGGAGAUCUGGUGUGAGAAAGACUACCUCUUCCUGAAAAGGGAACUUGGCAAUACUUAUCGUUAUUCUCAUUAUUUUAAAAGUGGCGUCAUAGGUAGUGGGCUAGCUGUAUUCUCCACUCACAAAAUUCAUGAUGCUUUUCUCUAUCGAUACUCAUUAAAUGGCUAUCCUUACAUGGCCCAUCAUGGGGACUGGUUUGGGGGAAAGGCUGUUGGAAAGGUUUUACUGAACAUCAGUGGAAUGAACGUCCAUGUUUAUGUCACGCAUCUGCAUGCAGAGUACUGCAGAAAGUGUGACUCAUACCUUCCACACAGAGUGGUACAGUCCUGGGAACUCCAGCAGUUCAUCAGACACACCAGUGAGGGGGCAGAUGUGGUCGUGUUCGGGGGGGAUUUGAACAUGCACCCUGAGGACCUGGGGAACAGGCUGCUGCGGACUUACACUGGCCUCAAAGACUGUUUUACUGAGACUGAGAAAUUUGACGGAUGUGAGGGCGGGCUUACUCACAUUAUUGACAACCCUUUCACCAAUAAACAAGACCUUGCGCGUUUUGGGAGGGGCAUUCGGAUAGACUACAUCCUUUUCAAGGGGUCAGAGCGAGUGGACGUGAAGUGUGAGUCCCUCAGCACAACUACGGGCACAGCCGCUGGUCAUCCAUUCCCAUUAUCUGACCAUGAAGCCGUUAGCGCAGAGCUGCAGCUGUGUGUCAGAAAGAUGCCGUCCAGAGAGGAAGACAAACAUAACAGCAGUGCCACAGAUCAGUUGCCUGACUUGAUAAACAUCAUAACGGAGGCUCGUACAGAGGUUAAAGUGGGUGUGCACUGUGCUGAGAGGAUGCGUUACACGGCAGCCCGGACAGGAGCCAUGGGUCUGGCCCUGCUGCUGCUGGAACUGGCCAUUGCCGCUGUGCCCUGCUUCUCUCUGGGCACUGACCAGCCCUUCCCCAAGGCUUCCUUCUACCUGCUGGGCGUCCUGUGUUUCACUAUCCUGCUCUCCACCACGCUUCUCUAUGUCUUCUACAGCAUAGAAGUCAAGGCCCUGCAGGGGGCAGAAGACCAGAUGCGUCUGGCCAUGAGCAGCCUGCAGGAAAGGCUGAAAGAGUGUCCCCGGAGCAUCUCUCAAGACUUAAAAAGGAAAGAGCCGGACAGCCAAGACCUCCGUUCUCCGGAUCCCGAUGCCUAAAAAUCAUCAGGAGAGACAGGCAGCUCUUUGGAGAUUUUUUUUAAAACCCAUAUUUAGAUUUUGAAAGUGUCUCAGAGAUUGUUAAAAUUUUGGGUGACUUGAAGAGGAGUUUGUAUGCAAUUGACUAAUUCUUUAUUAUUGCCUGCACAGGAUGUAGACAAUGUUGUUUUCUUAAGCAAAAAGAGAGGGAACUAGACCUGUGACCCCUUUAUCGUUUAAUGUCCCGUCUCUGUGGCUUAUCCGUUAUGCACAGUUUCCCCUGUGACAAUCAGCAUCUCAUCUGUUUUUAUUUUCCCCUUCUCAGCUAUGUGAAGUUAAGAUGACCAACCAACAUAACAAUGCGCUCCUUCAUUCAGGGGUUCAUUCUGUGUCAGGGUUGGUGGGACCAAUCAUUUCCUCAGUUUCAUGUCUGUAAUGAUCUGGAUGGAUUUUAGAGUGGAAAAUGGGAGAAAUAAGUGGUUCAUGUUCUGUCACUUAAAAUAUGCUUUUGCCAAGUAUGAAUAUCACAAAGUGUAAUCGACCACUCUUCUCUCUCUUCUCUUUUCUUUUCUUUCCUCUCCUCUCCGGAGCUUAGCCUCCUCACUCCUGUGGAUGAAGAAAGACCUGUAGAGUGUAGAGAGUGUAGUCUCUUGUGGGUUGAAGCCUUCUAAAACCUUAUUUUAUACCCAUAUCCAUUACAUUUCAAUAUGUGUUGACAUUUCUGAAUGGAUAUCUGACAUUUGUAGAUGGUUGGUCUAUUAUGAGUCUAUUAUUUUAUGUUUUGUGUAGUG